AUGGCGUGGGACGGUGGCGACGGCGGGGACGGCGGCUGGGGAGUGCAGCGUCUGCACGAUUACGAGCAUCUGGAGGGAGACGGGGAAGAAGAUGGGAUCUAUGGUGGACCGCCCUCGCCCCCGCCGCCGCCGCCGCAGCCGCCGGGCGCCGCCGCGGCCGAGCGCCACUGGGAGGGUGUCCGGCGGUUUGUGCGCGCCAACGUGGCCCACUGGCAGGCGCACAGCCGCUCCGCCGAGCGGUUCAAGGAGGUGCCCCACUCCCUUGGAUGGGCUGACGUCAUCAGGUUGGGUGACGUUUAUGUGAAAGCGAGCCCGGGGGGCGGCGGCGCUGUGUACCUGUCAAAGUGCUCUGAGCUGGGCCUGACGCCGGUGUCGCAGGUGCUGCAGCAGCUGACGUCGCCGGCUGGCGCGAUGGCGCACUGCGCUUUGGGGCGCCAAGGCGCCGCAGCGCUGGGCGCCGCGCUCGCGGCCAACACUGUGUUGGCAUCCCUGGACUUGCGGGACAACGGGCUCGACUCCCAGGCGUUGGCGGAUGUGCUCCGCGGCCUGCGCACUGCGACUGGCGCCGGCCUUACGGUGAGGCAGCGGCAGCGGCAUCAUGACAUGGCGCAGGACAGCAUGCGGCUCAUAGCCGACAGGUGGGCGGGUGGCGCAAUGGGCCAGCCUCUGCUGCUGGUGCUGCUGCUGCUGCUGCUGCUGCUGCUGCUGCUGCUGCUGCUGCUGCUGCUGCUGCUGCUGCUACUGCCGCUGCUGGCUUUGCUCGAGGGCUGCGGGGCGUCGCCCACGGAGCCAGCCAUCCUCACGGCGCACCGCCCCCUGCACAACGGCCACUUUGGCCACGCCGGCUCAAGCAGCAUGGGCUCCGCCGCCGGCAGCAGCGGCGGCAACGGGGCAGCCGCGCACCGCAGCGCCCUCAUGCGCCGCGGCGGCGUCACGUUUGCUGCGGGCACGGGGGCCCACCAGGGGGCAGGCCCCUGGGACGGCUCAUUCCCUGACAGCGGCCGCGGCGACGCCAACUCGCCCCACGACGAGGCGGGCGCCGCCGCAGCUGCGGCGGCGGCCGCAGCUGCGGCGGCCGCGCAGGCCGCGGGGGACGCUUUGGUGUCACGGUCGCCGUCCACGCGCCGGCGGCAGGGCGGCGCGAGCCAGCCGCCUUCCAGGGGAACCAGCGCCGCCGGCGGCGGCGCGGCGGCGGCGCGCCACCAGCGACAGCAGGGGGACGGCGACGAGCGCUUGGCCUCCCUCCCCGGCCGCCGCCGCAGCCUGAGCGGCACCGGCGCGGCGGGUUCAUUCUCCUCGCGGCCCCGCAGCGGGGCGGGCGCGGCGACGCCGAGGACGCCGGGGGCGAGGAUUUACUCAUCGCUGUCGAAGCUGGACUUGAGCAACAACCCCCUGGGGCUGGCGGGCGCCAAGCUCGUCGCAGACGUGGGUUCAUCAGACGGCCUGCGGAGCGGGGGUCGAUUUCAGGGUUUGGGAAGUCUGCUGCUGGUGCUGCUGCUGCUGGUGCUGCUGCUGCUGGUGCUGCUGCUGCACCCCAGCAAGACGCCCGGCCAGUUCCUGGAGCGCCUGUCCCUGGCGCGCUGCGGCAUCCCCGAGGGGGGCGGCAAGGAGAUAGCGGUGGCGCUGAGGGCCGGCAACACGCGGCUGAGGAUCCGCGCCGACGGCGCCCGAGCGAUGGCCCGCGGCCUGGCGGCGAACGCUACCCUGGCCCGCCUUGACCUUUCGUGGAACGGCCUGGAGUCCGAGGGAGGCGGCCCCCUGGGUGAGGUGCUGGCGCUCAACAUGGGCCUCAGGUACCUGGAUAUGGGCCACUGCAGGAUAGGACCAGAGGCGUGCCUGCUCAUCGCCGCGGGCCUCAAGUCAAACGUUGUUCUUGAGGUGCUCCUGCUGAACGGCAACCCUGUGGGCGAGGACGGCGCCCGCCAUCUGAUGGCCGCGCUGGGCGCCAACGAGACGCUGCAGUUCCUCGCGCUCCAGGGCUCCAACCUCUCAUCCGGCGCGCGCGACCCCCAGGGCGGCGCCGGAUUCAACCCCGCGGCGCCCGACGGCGAGUACCGCCUUGACCUGUCCAACGCCUGCGAGCGCGCGGUGGCGACGGCGCUGGCCGACAUGGACAGGGCGGCCGCGGCGGACCUGAUGAAAGGGAUCACGCUGGACGGGAAGAGCGUUGCGAGCUGCAAGAAGGCCAACUGGCCGGCGCAGCUGCCCGUUAGGGGCACCCUGGAGUUUGAGUUCUCUUCCAAAAAAGCCCAGAGGGGCUGGGCGGUCAUGGACAGCCGGAAGUUUGAGUCGCUGCGGCGCCAGUUUUCGGCCCAGAGCAUCAGCGACCGCGAGAGGCUGGGGCUGGUGACGACCGUGGCGCCCUUCUCAAUACUGUCGUGUGCCCAGAUCUCCAGCCUGCUGGCCACCUUUGGCGUCGGCCCGGACCGCGUCGCCGCCGCCGCCAUCCUUUGUACGCGCGCGGACGACGCGGAGCAUGAUGACCGCCUCGAGGGCAUAGAGGAGGCGCUGGGCGAGCGCGACGCGGCCGCGUGGCGGCGGGCGCUGGGGUGGUUUGCGGGCGCCACGCUUUCGCACCCGACGGGUUAG